UCCGACGAUCAGGAAGCGCGCAAUGGCCGAGAAGGGUCAUCCACGGGCGUCGGCUCCUCGGGCUGUCGCGGGCCCGCUGGCCAAGGCGCCGGUGCUGGGUGGCGGCUCCUGCGCCCCCUCGACUGCCCCAGUCCCGACCAAGGUUUCUGGAUGGCCGCGUGCGUCUCCGGCCGGCCUGGGCGCGGCACGAAAGGGGGUGCUGCUUCUGGGCGGCGGCACUAGCGCGUCGUCGCCGGAUGCUUCUCCGCCACGUCGUCUAUCUCGGGUGAUGUCUCCGAUGAGCUGGGGUGGCGCGGGCCGGCUGGCCAAAACAGCGCGGCUGGGAGGGGCAGGCAUCAGCAGCCUGCACGGCAUGGAGGCCAUCAGGCGCAAGGUGUGUGGCUUGCUCCCACAGUCCUCAUGCCGCACGUACUCUGCAGGAACAGGGGGGAACUACCAACGAUAUGCCACUGCUGCUGAUGUGGCGAAACUCAGGCAGGAGCUUCGCUGGUUCCGUAAGACAUGCCUAUAUUACCUGAUGUUCGCGAUCACGGCUUCAAUGGCUGUUCCAACCAGUCUUUACAUGUUAGAGACGCUGGCGGUGCGAGCUGACAACAAGGCCGACCUGGCAGGCAAGAAGUUGGAUGAGCUGAAGGGAGAGGCCGAUCUGGCAAGCAAGAACUUGGAUGAGCUGAAGGGAGAGACCCACCUCUCAAGUAAGAAGUUGGAUGAGCUGGAGGUAGAGGCGGACCUGGCAAGCAAGAGGUUGAAUGAGCUGAAGGGAGAGGUGGAAGCAGAAAAGGCAAAGCUUGUCAACUUGGAAAAGAGGGUCCAGGAGUGUGAGCGCCGAUGAGAAGACACCUUGAAUGAAUAGGCUAAGGUGAGAAGGAAUGUUCAGUGGAAAGAACUUGUGAACGGCCAAACUGCAGUGCGUGAUGUCUUUGAGUUCUGACUAUGUUGCAUGCUGUUUUGACAUUCGAAACUAGGCAGGAUUAUGUUAUGUUAGUAUGCAUGCACCUAGAUGCAAUUUUGUAUGGAUCAACCUAUUGUUGUUUGAUGGAUGGCAUACUGGGCACUGUUUACAUCCCAGUGGAAAGGUGAUGCUCAAUGCAGGUGUUAUA